AUCAAUACAUUCACACAUAGAGUGUGUUGUUAUGCUUUGACUGUCACUCAAGUGUUCAUUCAAUACACGACUGCAUUGACAGAGGAGUUGUCUGUGAAGUGCUGUUAAAGUCUUAAUAAUAAUAAUAAUAAUAAAUUAAUGUCAAUAAUGCCAUACAAUGUUGUAGUUGUGGCCAAAAGUGAUGGUAUGGUAGACGUGUGACACCAAAAAUCGGGUGACAAUAUCACAACAAUGAGUGUAUCGAUGACCUCAUCGCCGUCGUUGUCGACCGAUCUGAACACCAGCGGUAUUAACGACUCGAGUUUCUUUGGUCGCGACCCGUUCUCGUUGGCGCUGACCAAACGACAGACAUAUAAAGAUCGCCGAAAGAAUUACAGAAUCGAAAAGAAGAAGGUGGCCGACGAACUCAUGUCCACAUUGAAAGAUCCGACUGUUGUCGUGAUGACUGAUUGGCUGAAAGUACGGUCAACAUUGAAACAGUGGAACAAAUUCUGGUGUGAACUAAGACCCGGGUUGUUGUUGUUGCAUAAGUCGGCCAAUACUGAGAAGUCUGGCGCGUGGGUCGGCACUAUCAUCAUCAAUGUCUGCGAAGUUAUCGAAAGACCCUCCAAGAAGAACGGCUUCUGCUUUAAACUGUUUCAUCCAUUAGAGCACCCGAUUUGGGCGCCAAAGGGACCACACGGCGAGUCGUUUGCAUCGAUAAUGUUUCCGUUGCCGAUGUCUUAUGUGAUAUUCAGAGCGCCAUCAGAGGCCGCGGGCAAGAAGUGGAUGGAAGCUAUAGAGUUAUCGCUUCAGUGCUCGACUCUAUUGCUGAGGGGUCAGUCACAUAGAGAAUCAGUCCCUACAACGCCAGCAGCGCUGACAUCGAUGCCGGAAAUUUGUCCCACAUUUCCCGAUCCUUUAACCACUGGAAUGUCGCAUAAUUUAAAUGAAUCGGAAAUUGAAAAACACUUUGGAGAUCAUGAUCUCGACGAUGAAAUCCAUACGGAUCACGGAGGAGACUCACAGGACCACCAUUCUAGCGAUGAGAGUGAUUCCGAUGAGCAAACACAUCGUGAUAUGAAUGACAUCGAUAGUUACAACACCAAAGUCUGUGAAACCCACUAUGCAUUUGAUGGCGCCAUUGAAGAGUUUGGUAUUGCGGGUGACGCCGGUCAGACUGAGGAGAUUGCUGAUGAAAACAAGAGUUUAAUAUGGAUUCUACUGAAACAAGUGAGACCAGGAAUGGAUUUGUCGAAAGUAGUGUUACCCACAUUUAUUCUGGAGCCGCGAUCUUUUCUCGAUAAACUUACCGAUUAUUACUAUCACUCGGACAUUAUUUCCAAAGCUGUUAUAGAAGAUGAUCCAUUGCUUCGUAUGAAGCUAAUAGUGAAGUGGUAUUUAUCGGGUUUCUAUAAGAAACCUAAGGGACUAAAGAAACCUUAUAAUCCGAUUCUCGGCGAAACGUUUCGAUGCUAUUGGUCUCAUCCGGAUACUGAUUCGCGUACUUUCUAUAUUGCCGAACAAGUAUCACAUCAUCCACCGAUUUCAGCAUUUUAUGUUACCAAUCGUAAGGAUGGUUUUUGUAUUAGUGGCUCGAUUUUAGCCAAAUCCAAGUUUUAUGGGAACAGUAUUUCGGCAAUAUUGGAGGGAACGGCUCGUUUAAAACUGCUGUCACGCGGUGAAGACUAUUUUGUUACCUUUCCCUACGCUCAUUGUAAAGGUAUACUAUUGGGUACUCUGGCUCUUGAAUUGGGUGGUAAAGUAAACAUUAGAUGCGAAAAAACUGGUUAUAAUACGGAACUGGAGUUUAAAUUGAAGCCAUUUCUCGGUUCGUCAGAUAUGUGUAAUUACGUGAACGGAAGAAUCCGUUUGGGAAAUGAAACUUUGGGUACCAUUGAAGGUCAUUGGGAUUCCGAUAUCUUUUAUAAGGAUAAGCGUAUCGGCGAAUCGGAAUUGUUUUGGUCGCCGACUCCAAUCAUCAAACAAAGUCGUCUCAAAAGAUCUCUCGUACCACUCAGUCAUCAGAAAGAAUUUGAGUCGGAAAGAUUGUGGCUCAAAGUGACUCAAGCCAUCCAAAGACAAGAUCAAAUUGAAGCCACUGUCCAAAAGUCUAUCCUCGAAGAGGAACAGCGAAAUGCAGCCAAAGAUCGUUUGAGUAAAAUGGAGAAAUGGAUACCAAAGUUGUUUGUUUUUGACGCCCAUAAUAGCGAUUGGAAUUACAUUCCGGCUGAUGUCAGACCAUGGGAUCCGCGAACUGAUGUCAAACAAUAUGAAUUCGAUUAUGUAAUUCAAACAAUUACCAGACAUCGGACACCAAAUAUAGGCGUUGUAUCGGCUAAUAGCGUCAAUGUCGAGCAAAAUAAGUUAUCGCUUGACGUCCCUAUGCGCUCACCAAAGAAACACUUCCGUAAAUACCAAAGAAGUGGUUCGUGUGCUUCGGAAGAGUCAUCCAGUGUUGGUCUUGACGGUCAUGAGUCGAGUGAAAGUGAAGGCCUCACACCAAAUGAUAUACCAAAUGAGUCUAAUGUUAAGUCACUUAAGAAAUUGUUUGAAUCAAUCGAUGAAUUUCAUAAACAAACAAACAUUCAGUUGAAUACAUUGCAUAACAACAUGAAUAUAUUGUUAGAGACACAGACAAAGUUAUACCGUCAGUCGUGCUCAGGUAGGAACAGGAGUGCCGACACACACUCACCACUUGCUGGUCGCCGAUCGUUAAGUGAUUUGUCAAUAAUUGUUGUGAUAAUUGUUACGCAAUUGGUUUUCAAUUGGCUAUUAAAGUAAAUGUAUCUAUCAUUGUAUUAAAAAAAACAUUCAACAUUUGGAAAGGACAUGAAUUAUUUGGUCGUUUAAUCCAAUAAUGGUUAUACCAUAUGUUGCUUUUUAAUGGCAUUCCUCAUAACAUAAGCAGUACAUUAUAUACACAUAGAGAGUGAUAACUUGUUUUGUUUUAUAUGUUGUUUCAAUUUUUCAAAUCAUAGUUUUAGAUGAUAUAUUGAAUGAACCAUAUAAUGAAACAUGAAGUUUGAAUUAUUAUUUUAAAAAUGGUAUUCAAUAUUACAGUAUUUGUGAUAAAACCA